UUUGGUACGGGCGGAGACAGGGAGCAUCAGCAUCUAUUCCUUAUCGCAAAAUCUUGAAGACCAAAAAUCAGUCCAAGAAAAUUGCUCUUUACCAACUUCUCAUCGUCUCUCUGCUUUGCUUUGCUGUAAAGUUGAGUAUGGACGCCAUCGCUCAGUUGCAGAUGCAAUUUCGCGAUUAUACGAUUUCUCUCUAUCAACAGGAGGUUUUGGAUGAUCAGUUCUUCGAGUUGAAAAAGCUGCAAGAUGAGGGCAACCCUGAUUUUGUGACAGAGAUUGUCUAUCUCUUCUUCGAUGACUGCGAGAAGCUUAUCAUUAACAUGGGGAGAGUUCUGGACCAGCCAGGAAAUAUAGAUUUCAAACAGAUCGGCUCAAGCGUUCAUCAGCUGAAGGGUAGUAGCUCAAGUGUUGGUGCGAAAAGGAUAAAAAACGUUUGUGUCACCUUCAAAGAUUUCUGCGAUGCUGAGCACCAAGAAGGGUGUUUGAGCUGUCUGAGGCAGGUGGAUCUGGAAUAUAAACUGCUAAGAUCCAAACUUCAGGAUUUGUUCAACCUGGAGAGACAGAUCCUUCAAGCUGGUGGCACAGUUCCUCAGGUGAAUAUAUAAACUAAGAAUGAUGAUGAAGAUGAUGAUGGUCCCAAUCCCAUGUUACAUAACUCCAUAGUUUUCAAUCAUUUGCUUUUGUAUUUUACCCGUGGCUUCUCAAGAGUUGACUAAAGGGUUUAGUUGGAUGUCUCUAUAAAUGAGAUUUGGACUGUGUUCUAUUGUCUGAUAUAUGAUGCCUCUUUGGUCUUUUCGUUGCU